AACGCGGUCCCAGGCCGUUGGCUUCCCUCCCGCCGCAGGGACAACUGGUGGCUGCCAUGCCACUUCGCCACCUAACAUGUGUGGCCUCCACGCGCCACCGGAUUCUCCUUCCCAUACUCGUUCGUCCUUAGCGUCCCCUACCUUGCUCCCUCUACUAUCGCGCUUGAUCUCCCUCCCCCCAUGCUCUUCCCUCUCGUCCUUCCCCGGUCUCCAAACUCCUUCGCAUGAAACAGUACUGAAAUAUCAGUUUCACAUUGGCUGAAAAUCUGCUAAAUGAAGGCAUAGGGAUUUUGUCGGGCCAAAGGUUCAUAAUCUAUAGCACACAUACAGAUUCGACACAUAUGGCUAGCCAAAUAUCUGGUACCAUAGCAUCUAGUGGGGUGUGCUAUAAUGAUAAACACAGAAUGCCGUGUAAGCUGAAAGCACUACGCUGUGUAGCAUCGGAUUGUUUACCACAAGAGGUAGAGGUAAGGAAGUGGAUGAACGGAUAUCAUAUCAUCAGGUCCUUUCCAAACGAUAGGCAUUGGAAAACGAAUGCAAAGUCCAAUGGUUACCUACUCCAACAAGGUCCGAAUGUUCGGUGCCAUUCUUAUGGUUCUCGUAGUGGCAGUGAAACUACAGAGUGCAAUAUUCCUGAAGAUGGCAACAAUCCUUACAGGGAUUUUGAUGAGCAUCGAAGAGGAAUGUCACAUUUUUCAGAUAGUCAAGUUGCAGCUCAGGAAAAAACACUAUAUUCUACUCAAGGGCUGUCUAAAGCGUGCCAAUUUGUCUAUAAUGAUGCAAAGUUUGUGAAUGAAAGAGCUCAGAGUGAUAUUCUUUUGCUUUCACGUGGCAUCACAAGGUUGAACAAACGUGCAUCUAAGGAUGUUGCUGUAUUAGGGUUGGGGUUUCUCAAGCUUGAUGAUUGCCUGAAAGCUCGUGCAAGGAAGGACACCCGAAAGAUUGAUAACAGUGUGAAGGAACAGGCAGCCCACCUAACCAAUUUCGCUAGAAUAUUGAAGGAGCGAGCUCAUUCAGACUUGAAGAAAGCAGCAGAUCAACAUUGGAGUGAUGGUGCUUUGGAGGCAGAUCUGCGACGAGCUGACAUGGUUGUUCGACGACGUGCCAUGGAGGAUGCUUUCAUGGCUUUAAAGUUUGUCCGGGAUAUUCAUGACAUGAUGGCAACCAAACUACAAUAUCAGUUCAUCACACUGGAGAAAAAUGGGAAGAUUCUUAAGUUGUUCCCUCGUGAAGUUUCUACUGAUCAAAUUGCUGCCAUAGAGGAUGCAUAUCUUAAUAUGGCAUCUGCCUUAUCUGAGGCUGAUGGUAUCGACUACACCAAUCCUGAGGAGCUUGAAUUAUUAGUAGCGGCUCUUAUUGACCUGGAUGCUAUGGAUGGGAAAAAGAGUGUUUCCUUGAUAGUUGAAUGUUCAAGCUCUCCAGAUGUUAAUACCAGUUGGCCAUCAAUGCAAAGUGCAUUGCCCAUGCGUCGCAUCUUGUGUCGUUGCUCAAGCACGAAGAGCUUGAUGCGCUUGAUUUUCUUGAUUGGCUUGACGAGCUUCUUCUCGGUGGUGCUCAUUGCUCUCUUCAUCCUUGUCCUCGUUCACGUUCUAGGAUUCGGUCUUGUGGUCUGUUGCCGCGAGGAGGGUUUGGAGCGCGGGAGGGCUCGAGGUCUUCCUGGUCAUGGAAAGCUUUGGCUAAUGCAUUGGCUGCAGCUCCAUCCAUGUGGACCCUAGGGAAUGCUGGGAUGGGCGCAUUACAGAGAUUGGCUCAAGAUUCCAAUCCCGCUGUAGCUAGCUCUGCAGCAAGAGCCAUUGGCGAACUCAGAAAGCAGUGGGAGCUUGAAGAGGGUGACAGUCUGAGGUUUGUCAUGAACCAAAACUUGAUUUCCGAAGAGACUGACAGCGACAGUUGAGUAGCAGAUGAUAUCACCACGUGAGGUGUAAAUCAGAUGAAUGGCUCAACACGUACAUACUGUAAUAGGAACCGAAAAAUGUGUAACUGAGUCGACUGCAUUUCUCUGUGUUACGUCGCAGCAUAAAAUGUGCUGCUUGUUGACUACCUCACGAGAAGGCAUGUCAAGGUACCUGGUAAGUGCUAAACAAAUGUGAAGUGGUGUAAUGAGAACUCA